AUGGCAUCGCCGCUGCCCAGCCAGACCUUGCCCUUGAUCCUGACUCUGCUGGCUCUCCUGGCCCCAGGGGCCGCAGACUUCAACAUCUCAAGUGUCUCUGGUGUGCUGUCUCCGGCGCUGGCGGAGAGCUUGCUAGUUGCCUUGCCCCCCUGUCACCUCACAGGGGGCAACGCCACACUGAUGGUCCGAAGAGCCAAUGACAGCAAAGUGGUGAAAUCCAGCUUUGUGGUGCCUCCAUGCCGCGGGCCCAGGGCGUUGGUGAGUGUGGUGGACAGCGGGGCUGGCUUCACAGUCACCCGGCUCAGUGCGUACCAGGUGACAAACCUCGCACCAGGCACCAAAUACUACAUUUCCUACCUAGUGAAGAAGGGGACAUCCACGGAGACCAGUAAAGAGAUACCAAUGUCCACGCUUCCUCGAAGGAAGGUGGAGUCCAUAGGGUUGGGGAUGGCCCGAACUGGGGGCAUGGUGGUCAUCACAGUUCUGCUCUCGGUCGCCAUGUUCCUGCUGGUUCUGGGCUUCAUCAUCGCCCUGGCACUGGGUGCCCGAAAGUGA